AUGGCUUCACAAGAGGAAAAACAAGCUCAGCCCUUUGCAGAUAUCUUCGAUGAAGAUGAAGCUGAAAAAUCCUUUCUGUUAUCCAAGCCCACUUGCUUAAUUAUCCUUGGAAAGCCAGGUUCUGGAAAGAAAACAUUAGCUAGAAAACUAGCAGAAAUAUGGAAAUGCAUUUUCAUAGAAGCUUUAGAAGUAAUUCAAAUGAAUAUUCAUGAAGAAACAGAAUAUGGGCUUAAGUGUCAAGAAUUGCUUUUUAAAGGUCAAAGUAUUUCAGAAGAACUGGUUACAGAAAUGAUUUUGCAAAAGAUUGAGUCACCAGAAGUUGCUCAUUUUGGUUAUGUUCUCAGUGGAUUUCCUUCUCUCUCAGAGGAAUACAUGUCUGUUUCACAGCAAAUAGAGAAAAUAAAGAAUCUAAAAUUAAAACCGGAUUUCCUGAUUAACAUUAAGUGUUCAGAUUAUGACUUAUGCCAAAGAAUAUCAGGACAAAAGCAACACCCUGAUUCUGGGCGGGUAUAUCAGAGGAACCAGUGGGAUCCUAACGUUAUUGAAAAGCAUAAGAAAGAGAAAGAUCAGCAUGAAGAAGAGAGUGAAGAAGAAGAUGAAGAGCAGGAAGAAGAGACUGCAGAAGAUCCACUUACAAUGUCAGAAUUUUUGCAUCGAUUAGUGCAGAGGCCUGAAGACAUUCUUGAAAAUGCAGAGGAAAGAGUUGGAAUGUAUAAGGAUAUAAUGCUUCGUCCUUUAGAAGACUUGAUGGCUGAACAGGAUUGCCAAUAUCUUAUUGAAGUUGAUGGAAAUCAGCAACCAGAUGAUCUCUUUGUAUCAGUAGUAGUUCGACUUCAAUCUCUGGGUGUUCGAAAUGCAGCUCCUAUUACUAGACUUCAAAGUCAGCAAGAAGAAAUACUGGAGGGACUGGAAAAUGAUGAACUUUUCCGGGUUCUGUCAUCUUACAAACUAAUAGCACACAGAUAUCGAUGGCGUAGAAGCAGGUGGGGGCAAGCAUGUCCUGUGGCUCUAAAGGAAGGUGAUAUUGUAAUGGGAAACCCAGACUUGGCUGUCAGUUUUCUAGGUAAAAUGUACGUACUGUCAUCCCCAGAGGCAUUGAAAACAUUUAUGUUGAAUCCACGGCCUUACCUGUUACCACCAAUGCCACUUCCUCCUUGUAAAGUACUAGUAUUUGGUCCUCCAUUCUCUGGAAGAACAACUAUUUGUAACCUAAUUGCACACAAAUAUAAAGGAAAGGUUCUUGAUAUGGCCAAACUAAUUCAACCCCAUAUGGAAGAAUCAAGAGAAGAAAGAAUUGAGCAAAUGCGAAGGGAUACAGUAGAAAAGGCUAUAACAGCAGUGAAAAAUAGGUUGGAAUUAGAAAAACAGUCAAGAGAAUCAGGAAUAUCAGAGAUAACUGCUGACCACCCAGAAAUUCAAGCAAUGGUAGAAGAAGCCAUAAAAAGUGCAUCAGUCUCUGAAGUUACACUGUCACCAGAAAUAUAUGCUGAAGUAUUGGAGAGAGCUAUUGCAGAGCUUAUGAAGAAGAACAAAGACAGGUUUCCUGGUGCUCCAGAAAAAGGAGGAUGGGUAGUGGAUAACUACCCUCUGUCAGAAGAUCACUGGUCAGCUUUGUCAGAAAAAGGACUCCUACCUGACACUGUUGUCUGUCUGAAGAAUACAGAAAAAGAUGGAGCCUGUGUACUACGCAGGACAUACUUAGCAAAUAGGGAUGAAAUUAAUUCAAAGAUUUUGAAAAGACUAACAGAUGAAGCCUUAGAAAAGAAAGAAGAUGAAGAAGCAAGAAAAGAAAUGCAAGAAAUACUGACAUCAGAGGAAGACCAAUCUCUAGAGGCUGCUGAGGAGAAAGAAUUUGAAGACAAUGAUGAGCAGCUCCCACCAGAAACUGAACAAAUGCCCCAGAAACAGUCCACUGACUCUGCAGGUUAUAAGGAAGAAUCUAAACCUACAGAAAUCAUACUACCUGAGUUUGCAGAGGAUGAUUUUCCAGAUAUACCAGAAAUGGAAAUAAUUAAAAGGAAGAUUGACCUUUUCAUGCAUGACUGGCAAACAGUGGAGUCAGAAAUCAAGCAGUCAUCUCUAGUUCAGGUUGUUGUUUUAGAGAUUGCUGAGCAAACUCCAGAAAGUCUGCUUAAUCAGACUGUGCUGGUUAUGGAAAAGCCUUUUAAAUAUCAUGGUUGGGAAUUAUCUGCUGAAGACUUAGAUGAGGAAGCAGAAGAUCUGGCUGCUGAAGAGGAAGAUGAAGAAGUUGAAGAGGAAAAUGAAAAUGAAGAGGCUCCUCCUUUACGGGUGUGUCUACUUGGGACUCACGGAGCAGGUAAAACUACUUGUGCACGACGGAUAGCAGACAAAUUAGGCAUUUUCCAUAUUCAGUUUGAAGAAUAUCUACAGGAACUGAUCUUACCCAAAACUAAAGAGAAAGUUGGGCCCCAUGUUGAUGAAGAACCUGAAGAAGAUGACAAUAAAAUGCUAAUUCUAUCACAGGAACUGGAAGACUUCUCUCAGACCAUGACUAAAACUGAGACUGAAAAAAGCAAACAGGAAUUGGAGUUAACUCAUGAGGAAGAAGCAAUCAAAGCAAAUCUAAUGGAUAAUGAGGCACUACCUCCAGAAGUCCUUGAUAACAUUGUUCUUGACUGGUGGAGGAAAGAGCCAUUUCGGUCUACAGGAUUUAUACUGGAUGGUUUCCCUCGUACUUUAGAUGAAGCCCAGUAUUUGUCAGAACGAGGACUCUGUCCUGAAGUUGCAGUUUAUAUUCAAGUAGAAGAAAGUGAUGUUCUUGACCGUCUUUUUCCUCCACGUCUGAAAAAAUGGAAAGAAAGACAGUGUAAAAAAAUGGAAAAUAAAAAGAAACGGAAAGACCUGAAAGCGAAAAUAAGGGAUGAGAGGAUUGCUAGAAGAAGAGAAGAACUUUUAGCAGAAAAAAAACAAAAGAAACAGGAGGCUUUAGCAAAUAAGGACCAUUAUGAAGCCACUGAGGAGGAAGAUGAGAAUGAAAAUGAAGAUGUUGAAGCUAUACUUGAAGAAGAGUUUUUAGAAGAAGAAGAAGAAGAGGCUGAAGAAGAACAGGAGAUUGAUGCUGUUGACCGCAUACAAAAUGAAAUUGCAGAAAAAUUUGAUUCAGAACUAGACAGUUUACAAGGUGUACAGGAAGAACUUGAAAAAUUGUUAAUACCACAAAUUGAGAUCAAUGGAGGACGGAAGCCUCACAUCGUAUGCUACCAAAUAUAUAGCAAGCUGAAUUCUCUAAUGGAAAAUCGUGGAAGCAUUUUUGAGAAAUGUUACCCAAUAAGUUUGCCACUUGCACAUAAGAUGCUAGUUUUCUCGUAUAAAUUUCCAAGUUCUUUUGGUCAGUGGGACCCAAUCAAGCUAAGUGAAGGAGAUGUAAUCAAGCCACAACAAAGCCAUGGAAACACAGUCUUUCCUGUAAUCCAUCGACAAUACAUUUAUUUCUUUUCAAGUAAAGAAAAUAAAGAAACAUUUAUGAAAAAUCCCAUCAAAUAUAUUCGUCAGUCAAAACCUAAACCAGCUGUGCCAGUUAAGAUUGCAAUUGUGGGACCUCCAAAAUCUGGAAAGACUACAGUUGCCAAGAAAUUUGCAAGUGUAUAUGGGUUACUGCGCCUGAGUAUGGGAGAUGCCAUACGGCUAGUGUUAAACAAUCAGCCGGAGAGUGAGUUGGCACUUCUGUUAAAGUGGCAUCUUCACAAAGGACUGACCGUACCCGACGAACUGGCCAUCCAGGCUCUUGAUGUGGCUCUGAUGAAUCACGUGUGUAAUACCACCGGAGUUAUAAUUGAUGGAUAUCCUGUAACAAGAAAACAAGUAAACCUCCUGGAAUCAGCUAGGAUUAUUCCAGUGAAAAUCUUUGAAUUGGAAAUGGAUGCAAAGGAAGUGUUCAGAAGAGCACUGUUGGAUAAGGAAAGCACGAACAGACCUCCCUACCCUGAACAUGACAGCUCACAGAUUCUAGCUAUUAAAAAUUCCUGCUAUAAACAGCACAUUGAUGCAAUUAGGACUUACUAUAAGAAGGAGCAUCAGAACUGGUGUGUGAUUGAUGCCUGUCAGAGCAAGUGGUGGAUCUGGAACAAAGUACUGCAGGAAGUUCAAGUGGUUGUUAAAGAAAUCCAGAUAUACCUGGAAAGAGUAAAAGAAGGAAAAGCAGCUGGCAUUGCUGAUUUAUGUAUCACUCCUGAAGAGCUGCAGUAUCGGCUGGGGGAGUUUGGACAGUACUGUCCCGUCAGCCUUGCAGAAAAGGGUGAACUGGUUGACUGCUCUGUAAUGUCAUCAUUGCAGUUUGCUGCAGAAUUCCGAGGACACUAUUACAAAAUGGCUUCACAGGAAGAACUGGACAAAUUCUUGAGCAGACCAGAGGUUUAUGUGCCACCACUGGCACCUCACCCUCUCCCACCCCCAGAUAAGCUACCAGAGAAACUGACGGCGGCAGAAGUGAAGGCCUUAUUCCCUAUAAGUGCUGAAAUGCAGGGAUAUUGUCCAGUCACUUACCUAGAUGGAAAACAGAGAUAUGAAGCUUUGGUGCCUGGCAACAUCGAGUAUGCAGCAAAAUAUCAAGAUAAGGUAUAUAUUUUUGAAAGUGAAGAAAAACUUCUGAAGUUUAUGAGGUUACCAGAGAAGUACUGGAAUCUGAAGCUUCCACAUAAACUCCCUCCAAUAAAGGAGCCAAUACCCCUCACUGCACUUCCUUUGGCUGGAUACCUUGAACAGGGAGUAGCAACUUCUCUAAUAAAAGCUCUGAAUGAAGUAGGCUGCUUAAAGCCGAAGUUUCCAUUCCUAAGUGUAAAAAAAACCGCUCUGCUGUUUGUCGCCUGCCACUUAAAAGCGCACAACCCCCGGAGCUCGCAGCCGGCGCGGCAGCGGUACCAGAGGAAGCUGGCGCGGUUCGUGGAGCACUGCCGCCUCCUCCCCUACCUGGGGGCGGCCAUGGCGGGGCCCUACCGCCAGCCGCGGGCCAGGCCCCCGGGUUUUGACGGCAACCUGCAGGCUUUUCUCGCCCUGAAAGACGCCGGCCCCGGUUUCCCGUAG